GGGGGGUUCUGAGGCGGAGGCGCGCGAGUGUGCGUUUCUGACAUAAAACCGCAAAAAUGUCGCUUGAAAUGAGUUUAAAAAGACCUCUUAUUUUUGCUGCGUGUUAAUGAAGCCUUCCGCAGCAGGUCACGCGUGUAAUAAUGCGACAACAGUGAUGAGAAAUAAAGAAUGGUACAUUGAUGAUAAACAACGUGUGAUGAAAAAGUGCGGAUAAAAAAAGGAGCCAGAGUAGAGAGAGAGAGAGAACAUUCCAGUUUGGGUCACUCAAUAGUUUAAUUAUGUUUGUCCAGUCAAUGUAACAUUAGUGUGAAGCUCGGGGAGGGCAACACACACGCACACACACUUGGUGUUUGCAAUGGGAUACACUGCAGGGCUGCUGCUUCGGACGGCCUGUCUGCUGAGCUCUGUCCUUGAACAUGCAGGGACACUGAGGGUGACAAUGAGGACCCACAGCCUGGAGGUGGUUCAAGGGGAUGCGGUGAUACUGCCAUGCUCCUUCUUCACUAUGAGCCCACUGUCUCGCCUUAACAUAGUUUGGACUCUGACCCCUUUCUCUGAUCCCAGGUCUCCAAAACAGGUCAUAGCCUAUGAUCAUGGGCAGGUGAUUGAGGAUCCUGCUCUGAUCGGGCGGGUUGGUUUUGUGGAUGUGCCGUGGAGGGCAGAUGUUGUCCUGAACAACACCCGUGUUUCAGAUGCUGGAACCUAUCGAUGUGUGGUGAGCAACCCCCCCGAGGCAGGGGAUCCAGGCAUUGGGCAGCUCAGCCUCAGUGUCCUUGCACCUCCAUCUCUGCCCAUGUGUCUCUGGGAUGGGGACACAGUUGUGGGCAGCAGUGUAACUCUCACCUGUGUUGUGGAGCAGUCAGUUCCUGUCCCAGAGAUCCAGUGGAACAAACUUGAACCAGAACAAAUCCCACUUCCGGUUAACAUGCUUGGUGAUCUUAAAGGGACAGUGUCUAUCCAUAACGUGUCUGCUCAAAAUUCGGGCCUGUAUCGCUGCUCUGUGUCCAACCACCUGGGGAUUCAGAACUGCUACAUCAGCCUGAAUGUGUACAGUGCUCUCAGUCCCUCCCCCGGAAUCCUCCAGGGGGUGUUGUUAUCCUUGUCCAUGGCCUUCAUACUGUUGGUUCUCCUUGUGCUGGUCCUUUGGCUCCACCGGUCUGGAAGGAAAAGGAAGUGGCAAGAGGGUGAGGAGGAAGAGUGUUAUAACGAGAUCAGGUAUACACCCACUCUUCUCCGAAGGUCCUUUGUUUGAUCCAUCGCCCCCUCAGGAGUCACCCUCUAGAAAAUUCACUGGUGAACCUGUUGCUUUUCAUCGCUCGGUUAGUGAUAUGAACUGAUUUACUCCGGUUGUUGGAUUUUACAGUAUCUUUCUGUAUGGUUGUCCAUUUAAUCCAUCAUCUCAAACAGCAGUUGCCCUUAACUUCCCUGCUAUAAUGAGGCUGUAGUCCACU